AUGGUCGUUAAGCCAUAUAACCACGACCCUAACUAUAAUACUAAUCCCGGUAUAGACGAUCCUAAAGAUAUCGUCUAUACCGAAGGCCCGGCCUGUCCCGGCAGGAUAGAAGUCAGGAUACCGGCUGUAGCCGCACCUCCAGCCGCGAUAAUACCGGCAGCCGCGACAUAUCUAUCGCUAGCUACUGGCCCUGAUCAAGUCAGGCCAGUAUUACCAGCAAGGGUAGUAUCCGACGUUAUAAUCAAUAAGGACUAA